AUGCCUACCUUUAAAUCAUCUAAGAUUCUCGUAUUCGGUGCCACUGGCCAGAUUGGCGUUUUCAUCACAGCGGCAUUGCUGGAUGCCAGCCCCUCCUUUGACCAAAUCACCAUCUUUACAUCGCCAACCACAGUGGAGAGGAAAGCAGACUUGCUCGAUGGCUGGAAGAAGAAGGGACUGAAGGUCAUCGCCGGCGAUGUUGACGACACGGAGCAAAUCAAAGCGGCCUACAAGGAUGCCGAUACCGUCAUAUCCGCGCUGGGUAGAAACGUGAUUGAGAAGCAGAUUGAUCUCAUCAAAUUGGCCGAAGAGACCGACUCUGUCAAGUGGUUCUUCCCCUCCGAGUACGGAACGGAUAUCGAAUACGGACCCAAGAGCCCCAAUGAGAAGCCUCACCAGGCCAAGCUCAAGGUGCGCAAGUAUAUCCGCGAGAACGUCAAAAGACUCAAGUACACGUACCUGGUAACGGGACCUUAUGUCGACAUGUUCUUGACGUUGCCGUCGAUUGCGCAAGAGGCUGGUGGGUUUGAUACAGCUGCCCGUAAGGCAGUCCUGAUUGAGGACGGCGAACGAAAGACUGGUCUUAUCACCAUGAAAGACGUUGGCACAACAUUGGUGGCAUCGCUUCGUCACCCAGAGGAAUCCUUCAACCAAGCUCUCAAAGUUCAGUCGUUCGUGGCGACUGGCAAGGAAAUCGUGGCCGAGUAUGAGAAGCAGACUGGAGAGAAAUGGGAAAUCGUUUACUCGUCGCUGGAGACCUUGAAGAAAGCUGAAGAGAAGGCAUGGGCCGAGGGCAUCCCUUACGCCACCAUCUUCACCUUACGACGCAUCUGGGCUGAGGGUGGCACUUUGUACGAGAAGACGGACAACGAAAAGAUUGGGCUUGGGCCCAACGAUGUCGAGAGCCUAGAGAUAGCCGUCAAGAGAUCGUUGGGUAAAAUUCAGUAA